UGAAGCAAGCGGAGUAAAUUGGCAGUCUUAUGAGGAGCAAGCUAUUUAUCUCUUCAGUGUCAUUAGCCUCUAUAUUUAUUAAACCUUUUUCAAUCAUAACACAUUUAUCAGUUUUUGACCCAGAACGACUAUAAUAAUGGACCAGGCAUUAAGGGGAGUGCCUUCUUCCUUCUAGCACUUUCUGUAACUCCAUCUUGUGGAGCUAGUUGUUUAACACGGAAGUCAGAGUACAUUUAUUGUGCAACCAUUAAAAUAGCUCCCUUAUCUUUAUUGUGCCACAUACUGUAAUGCCACACUUCAAAUUUCUUUUAGCUUUGUUUUUUUUUCCACCAAAAUGAAUUCUCUUCUGUUGUCAAUUUUUGAAACGAAAGACAAUAUUCCUUUCUGAUAAUAAUAAUAAUUUAAAAAACAAACAAAGCGGACGCCCAUUUUAUAGCUGCUGGCGAUGCCGGGUGGCUCUAUUGUAGGAGCAAAGUCAAAGAGCCAUAAAAUGAGACAAUGCUGGGGAAGGUUCCUGCUUCGUAGCCAUUCAAGGAAAAGAUCCCUCAGCUGUGAGGAAGGCCUUGGACCACAGGGACACCUGUUCUCAGACUUACUAAAUUGCUGCCAUGCUGCACUUAAGUAAGGGGGAUUUCGUUUGGGUGGACUCCAGCAGUGGAGUCCCUAUCGGGGCCGAAGUUACAGUUACCGACACCGGACAGCUUCAGCUCAUCGACGAUGAAGGAAAGGAGCACAAGAUUAACAAGAAGACCCAGGGCAGCAUCCGCCCCAUGCACCCCAGCUCGGUGAAAGGUGUGGACGACAUGAUAAUGCUGGGCGACCUGAACGAGGCCGGGCUGCUCAGGAACCUGCUGGUCCGCCACAAAGAGGGCAUCAUCUAUACGUACACAGGCUCCAUUCUGGUGGCAGUGAACCCAUACCAGCUGCUGCCCAUCUACACCACAGAGCAGGUGCACAUGUACACAGACAGGCGUCUGGGUGAGUUGCCCCCCCACGUGUUUGCCAUCGCAGACACCUGCUUUUUCAACAUGAGGCGCAACAAGAAGAACCAGUGCUGCGUCAUCAGCGGAGAGUCUGGAGCGGGGAAAACCGAGAGCACCAAGCUGAUGCUGCAGUUCUUGGCUGCGGUCAGCGGCCAGCACUCGUGGAUCGAGCAGCAGAUCCUGGAGGCCAACCCCAUUCUGGAAGCCUUCGGGAACGCAAAGACGGUUCGCAAUGACAACUCCAGCCGAUUCGGGAAGUACAUCGACAUCAGCUUCACCAAGGGCGGGGCCAUCGAGGGGGCCCGGGUGGAGCAGUACCUGCUGGAGAAGUCCAGAGUGUGUCGUCAGGCCCCCGAGGAAAGGAACUACCACAUCUUUUACUACAUGCUGAUGGGCAUGAGUCCGGACCAGAAGAAGAUUCUUUCCCUCGGAACGGCUGCAGAGUACAAAUACCUGACCAUGGGCAACUGCACCAGCUGCGAAGGACGAGACGACGUGAAGGAGUACGCUCACUUCCGAUCGGCCCUGAAGAUCCUCACCUUCUCCGAGACCGACUCCUGGGAAAUCUCCAAGCUGCUGGCCGCCAUCCUCCACCUGGGCAACGUGAAGUUUGAAAGCGUCAUAAUGAGCAACCUGGAGGGCUGCAACGUGGCCAAAUCCUCCCACUUCAGCAUGGCCAGCCAGCUUUUGGAGGUGGAUCCUACAGCGCUGGAGAAGUGUCUGACUCAGCGCGCCGUCACCACCGCCAGGGACACCGUCAACAAACCUCUGAACUCUGACCAGGCUCUGGACGGCAGGGACGCCUUUGUCAAAGCUAUUUAUGGGAAACUUUUCAUCUGGGUGGUGACAAAAAUUAAUGACGCUGUUUACAAGCCACCCGAUGAUGAGCACACGGUUCGACAGUCGAUAGGCCUGCUGGACAUCUUUGGCUUUGAGAACUUCAACAACAACAGCUUCGAGCAGCUCUGCAUCAACUAUGCCAACGAGCAGCUGCAGCAGUUCUUCGUCAAGCACGUCUUCAAGCUGGAGCAGGAGGAGUACGCCCGCGAGGGCAUCGUCUGGCAGCACAUCGACUACCUGGACAACCAGCGCACUCUGGACACGCUGGCCAACAAGCCCAUGAAUGUGUUGGCUCUAGUCGACGAGGAGAGCAACUUCCCAAAGGGCACAGACUCCUCCAUGCUCCAGAAACUGAAUCAGUUUCACACCAAAGGCGAAGUCUACAUCUGUCCCAAAAACAACUUUGAGACCCAGUUUGGGAUACAACACUUUGCAGGAGUGGUUUACUAUGACUCAAAAGGUUUUCUGGAGAAGAACCGUGACACUCUGAGUUCAGACCUGAUCCAGCUGGUGAACACGUCGACCAACAAACUCCUCAAACAGGCCUUCACCUCCGAAAUGACAUCCAACUCCAACCCGGUCAAGAGCGUCAACCCCAAGCUGAUCAUCAACACGCCCAAAAACAGCCUGCGGCAAGCCUCCGACGGCAAGAAGCGCGUUCCGACUCUGUCCGGCCAGUUCCGUCAGUCCCUGGAUUCCCUCAUGAAGACCCUGACCGUGUGUCAGCCUUACUUCAUCCGCUGCAUCAAACCCAACGACUUCAAGAAGCCCAUGCUGUUUGACAGAGACCUGUGCAUACGGCAGCUGCGCUACUCCGGCAUGAUGGAGACCAUCAGGAUCCGGAAGGCCGGCUACCCGGUCCGGUACACCUUCAGCGAGUUCCUGGACCGCUACCGCGUCCUCCUGAGGACCUUCGUCUGUGACCCCAAAACUGAAAGCCAGGAGACUUGCUGUGAGAGCAUCUGUAAGAGAGUCCUUGCUGGAGAAGGCGACUGGAAGACGGGCAAGACAAAGAUUUUCCUCAAGGACUUCCAUGACACCAUGCUGGAACUGGAGCGAAUAAAGGAGUUAAAUGUAAAAGCUCUUCUGAUCCAAAAAGUCCUGAGAGGAUACAAAUUCAGGAAAGAAUUUGUGAGGAAAAGGUCAGCUGCUCUCGUCAUUCAGAAAUACUGGAGAGGCUACAAAGGCAGGAAGCUGUACAGAGUGGUGCAGCUGGGCUUCGCGAGGCUGCAGGCUAUCGCCCGCUCCCGUCACAUCCACCUCAACUACAAGAGGCAGCGGGUCGCCGUGCUGGUGCUGCAAACGCAGGUCAGAGGUCACCUGGCCAGGAAGGAGUGGAAGCGCAAGAGAGACGCAGUGAUCCUGCUGCAGGCGCACACCAGAGGCAUGCUGGCAAGAAGACGCAUUGGAAAGAUGAAGAGAGACAUGCACCUCUCUGCUAAAGAGAGGGAAGAAGAACGGCGGGCCAUUUUGGCCAAACAGAAGCACUUGGAAGAAGUGCUGAAGCAAAAGAGAGAGACUGAGGCCAGAGCGCAGGCUGCCAACAAGAGCGACCAGGAGAUGGUGGACGACAUCUUUGGCUUCCUGCCCAACGUGGUGGUCGGAGGGCAGGAGGGCCAGGCUCCCGUCGGAUUCGAGAACAUUGAAGGGAAACGGACUAUAAUCGAGGAGAUAGAUAUCGACGAGAUUCCCAUGGAAGAUGAGCUUCCCGAGGAGGAUUACGAAGACCUGGAUCAGUACUCCUUCUCCAAAUUCGCCUCCAUUCACUUCCAGGGAGCGGCCACGCCCACCUACAUCCGGCAGAGGCUUCAGCAGCCGCUGCUCUACCAUGAGGACGAAGGAGAUGUUAUGGCUUCGCUGACAGUUUGGUGGAUCAUUCUGAGAUUUCUGGGAGAUCUUCCCGAGCCGAAGAGAACGAGCAGGCUUCAGCAGGGGAGCGCCAUCCGGGAUCGGUACGUCCCGCAGGACCUGAUCUCCAGACAGGAUAGACGUCUGAGCCACAUGGUGGGCCUGGAUCAGAGAGUGCUGAGAAAAAACAAAGAGGCAGAACCUGCUGUCAUCGCAGAAGAGCCAGAGCAGAAGAGGAAGGGAUCGAUCUUCACAGACCUCCUGUCGAAAAACAGGAAGCCCUCCUCGGUGCCCACCGACACGGUCCCAAACCUGAAGUCGUACACCGCGCCCGAAGGCAACCCACGAGCGAGAAAGGGAUCCACGUUCACCGACCUGCUGUCCAGAAACAAAAAAGUCCUUCCCGGUAAAGGAAGCGUGAACGUACGGCCCGUGUCGAACAUGAGGAAGCCCUCCAUCAUCAUGGAGGAGUCCGAUGACCUGACGGAGGUGUCCAAGCCCACCACACUGCAGACUGUGAGUGAGGACAGUAACGUCAUGAUCGGAGAAGGGCCCACCCUGGACAGGCCCCUGACGUCUCUUGAAAAAGUCCACUACAUCGUGGGAUACGGCAUCAUCAGGCCUGACCUGAGAGAUGAGAUUUACUGUCAGAUCUGCAAACAGCUUCAUGAAAACAACAACAGGAACAGCUACUUCCGUGGGUGGAUCCUGCUGUCUCUCUGCCUGGGCGUGUUUCCACCCAGUGAGCGCUUCUUGAAAUACCUUCAAAGUUUCAUCCGUUUUGCUCCUGGAGGGUUUCCGUCCCAUUUAGCCGAGAGGCUGCGGCGCACCAUGUCAAACGGAGCCAGAGGGGAGCCUCCAGCCUGGCUAGAGCUGCAGUUCUCGCUUUCCUACGUCAGUAACAUCCGCUGGAAGGCAGAAGUGAGAACAGCAACCAAGACAAAAAAGCCCAUGUUGGUGUCUGUGGCGCUGCUGGAUGGACGAUCCAUUAACCUUCCUGUCGACUCGGCAACUACAUCCAAAGAAGUCUGCCAACUUGUGUCUAAUAAAAUCAAGCUAAAUGACACGUUUGGCUUCUCUCUCUACGUAGCCAUGUACGAAAAGGUGUGGGCCCUGGGGAGCGGCCGGGAGCACGUGAUGGACGCCAUCUCCCAGUGUGAGCAGGAGGUGAAGAGGAGGGGCGGCCAGGAGCAGCACGCUCCGUGGCGUCUCAUCUUCCGAAAGGAGGUCUUCACCCCCUGGCACGACUGCAAGGAGGACAAGAUCAGCACUGACCUCAUCUACAGGCAGAUCAUCCACGGUCUGAAGUUUGGGGAGUACCAGACCGAAAAGGAGGAUGACAUCAUCGAGCUCGCUGCUAAGCACCUGUACGUCCAGCACGGCUCAGACAGUCGCCCAGAGAACGUGAAGGAGGCGGUGAAGGACUGCAUCAAGAACUCUCUGCUGGAGGCCAAGUCAGAACCCAAACUGGUUCAGAUGAUCCACACUGCUCACGCUCAGAGCACCUUCCUGAGUUCUGGACAAAAAGCGGACCUGGUGAAGGCAGAGGUGGUUGACUACGCCAGAGAGAAGUGGCCCAUGUUCUUCUCCAGGUUCUUUGAGGUCACCAAGCAGUCGGGUCCCCCGUUGCCAAAGAGUAAAUUCAUUGUGGCGAUAAACUGGACCGGCAUCACGUUCCUGGAUGAGAGGGAGAAGAGGCUGCUGGAGCUGUCCUUCCCAGAAGUGACGGGAGUCAACACCGUCAGGGAGGGUAAAACCUCAGGCCACGUCGUGUGUCUGCUGACGCUGAAAGGAGACUUCACCCUGAGCGGAUCUUUUGCUGAAGACAUGUCCGACCUGAUCACCAUGUUCCUCAGCGGACUGACGGAGCGCUCCAAGUACGCCGUGGCGCUGAGAGACGUCAGCAGCCAAGAUGACCCCACCAUCCUGAGCUUUAAAAGAGGAGAGCUGCUGAUUCUCAUCAAGGAUGAGGAAUUUUCCAAACAGCACGGCUGGAUCAAGGGUCAAAGCAGCAGCACCAAGAAGACGGGCGCGGUCUCCAUGGAGGCCAUCUUUAUCCUGCCGACGCUCAGCAAACCCAGCAGCGAAGUCUUGAACCUCCUCAACCUGUCGCCAAACCAGAGGAAGAACCUGGUGGAGGCGAACCGGAAAGACAUGGGCACCGUGGAGAGAGUAGCUCCCGCCUCGCUGAAGGACUUCUCCCUGCAGUACUUCAGGCAGCCUACCAAGGAUUUGAACCGCCAGGUGAUUUCCAGGAACGCAGCGCCAGAGAAGCUGUGGGCUCACUCCAGAGAGCCCAUCAGACAGCCUCUCCUCAAGAACCUGCUGGGCAACCCGGAGCUCAGCCACAAAGCCUGCCUGGCCUUCACUGCCAUCCUGAAGUACAUGGGAGAUUACCCCACCAGGCAGAUGCAGAGCCCCCUGGAGCUCACGGACCAGAUCUUCAGCCCCCCCACUAAACACGAGGCACUGAGGGACGAGAUCUACUGCCAGAUCAUGAAGCAGAUGACCAGCAACAACAACAGGUUCAGCAUAGAGCAGGGCUGGCAGCUGCUGUGGCUGUGCUGCGGCCUGUUCCCGCCCAGCCAGGCCCUCCUGAGACACGCCCAGAAGUUCGUGGAGUCCCGGCGCAGAGAGCAGCUGGCCUCCGACUGUCUGCAGCGGCUGCAGAGCUCGCUCAGGAUUGAACCCAGGAAGCUCCCGCCGCACCAGGUGGAGGUGGACGCCAUCCAGCAGAACAGCACCCAGAUCUUCCAUAAGAUCUACUUCCCCAACGACACAGACGAGAUAUUUGAGGUGGCGACCAGCACCAGGAUCCGGGAUCUCAUCCAGAACAUUUCCAAGAAGCUCAAGCUGGCUUCGGCCGACGGCUUCAGCAUCUUUGUGAAAACGCACGACAAGGUUCUCAGCUUGAAUGACGCAGACUACUUCUUUGACAGUCUGAGGCAAAUCACUGACUGGUCGAAACAAGCCAAGAGGAUUAAAGACGGUGGACCGGUCAACAUUUCCUACCACGUGUUCUUCAUGAGGAAGUUGUGGUUCAAUGUAAUCCCUGGCAGAGACACCGAGGCUGACCUUAUCUUCCAUUUCCCUCAGGAGUUGCCAAAGUACCUGAGAGGCUAUCACGUUUGUACCAAGGAGGAAAUGGUCAACAUUGCCGCUCUGCUCUUCAGGGUGAAGGUCAACGGCGACAAAAGCCAGAUCCCCACGAUUCCCAAGGUGUUGAAGGAGCUGGUUCCCGCCGACCAGCUGAAGGCCAUGUCUGAAAACGAGUGGAAAAAGAACAUCACCGCCUUCUUUAACAAACACGGUAGCAUGGCCGUCGAGGAAGCAAAGGUUGCCUUCCUGAAGGCGGUGUGUCGCUGGCCGACCUUCGGCUGCGCGUUCUUUGAAGUGAAGCAAACAUCAGAGCAGGAUUUUCCAGAUAUUGUGCGAAUCGCCAUCAGCAAAACUGGACUCACAAUCCUGCACCCGAAAACUAAGGAGGUCCUGGCAAAUCACCCGUACAACAAAAUAGCUAAUUGGUGCAGCGGAAGCACCUACUUUCACAUGACCAUCGGCAGCUUAGUGAAGGGCAACAAAUUCCUCUGUGAAACGUCGCUGGGCUACAAGAUGGAUGACCUGAUAACCUCCUACGUCAGCAUGUACCUCAGAGAGAGAACCAGAGGCCAGCGCUACAACAUGUAAACCUGUGAAGUCAGGAUCCAUUGUUAGAAGAUUUCAGUGUCGUUUGGUGGAAAAAGUCACAGAUUUAUUGCGUAAAAAUAAAAAUGGUUCUCGGUUUUUGAUUUGAA